UGGUACGAGUGCAGGACCUGCCACACUGAGUAGGAAAUGAAACCUCUCCUGCAACUCUUCAAGGUGGUGUUAAUGUGCAAGACGUUCAAGGAGCACCCCGAAAAGUUAUGGAAAAGUGGCAAAAGAGAGCAUGACGAGUCGGGCUCGCUUUGCCAUUAUUUUUUGAACAUUGUGACCGAAGCGGAGGGUGCGCUUGUGGAGCUUGAGAGCGGGAACUCCCGGAGGGAUAGUAGGGAGAAUAAAGACGGGGAGGCGGAGAGGAAGCGGGGGUGCACAUAA